AUGCAAGAGAGGAAAAGUAGGGCUACCGAACGGUACCUUAGUUCAACUUCUGGAAAUGAACGCGACUGCUUCAGAUCGCCUGGACACGAAUCGCCCUUCCUACCGUUUGAUACGCCGGAAAUCGCCUGGUUGCCGUUAGCACUUGUCGGAAAUCGCCUGGAAUACCGGAAGCCCUCGUCGGAAAUCGCCUCAACAGAGCUCUCGCUUCUCACUAGAUGCAAAGUGAUUUCGCCUCCGGGGUCACCUCUAUUUAUAGGGGAGUGGUUUGCAACGGUACUCCUCGAAAAACCAAACGGCGCAUUAAUGCGCCGCGCGCCAUCAUUACUUUCGCCACGUGUCGCUCAUCCUAUGGGGGAACUGACGGCACGCGAGGCGCGAAGUCGAAGCGCUCAGAUGUCCCUUCACCGUCCGCUCGACGCGACCUUCUGA